UUUAUUCUCCGGUACAGACCGCAGUUAAAGUCCGUGAUGUCGGGAAGAACCGGAAAGUUGCGAUUACAUCAUAUACAUGUUGGAAUAUCCUAUUUGGAAUUUCCUACAACAGAUCAAAUAGAAAAUUUCGUAUAUCUUCGUGAUAUUCGGAGCAACAGACGUUUUUACGAUAAAAAAUAAAAACAAACGCGAUUACAAAAGAAAAAAAAAGAAAAAUGCUUUUAAAACCAUCGGAUAUAUAUUAUUGCCAAAAUUCCAUCAAAAACACAUUUUCGAAUGGGAAACAAAUCGGAGAGACCCUGGACGAUUUGUGUGAAGGAAGGACGUCUCUAUCAAGCUUCCCAAAGAUCCAGGUGACGCAAAAGAAUUCCAAAUGGUACACGACGGACAACAGGCGCCUUUGGGUUUUUAGACAUCUACACAGGCUGGGUAAAUGCGGGGAAAUUCCGGUGGUCCAGACCGGAGACAUCCCUUCAAGGAAAAUGACAACCGGCAAUGGCGGUGUAUCAAUUGCAGUUCGUGGUCGAGGCGGACCUGGAGGGGUAUGGCAUUAUAAGCAUGACGGUACAGGAAAGAACUUGGAUGGCACCUACGCAUGUACUUGGCCGGAAGACAGUGUCUGCGUCUCUUCGUCAUAUCAUGAUAUUGAUAUUAACGACUAUUUUUUAUAACUUGAUGAAUGUUAACAUGUCAACUUAUUUUUAUAGUUUUCUUUUAUUUUCGGGCGUUUAUUUUUUGCUUUGUUUUGAUUUGUUUAAAAGCAUUGUUAAGAAAUAAUUAGUGAUAACGUUUACAUGAUAUUAAUAAUAUAUCUUAUAUUAUUACGUUAAACCUUUUGUCACGUUGCUG